GAGGAUUCUGCUGAGAUGCUUGAAAAUGUGACUGACUGCUUCUAUGCAAAUUCCCAGACUGCCCUCGAUGUCUGCGAUGACAAUCUGCGAGGUGUUGUGAGACACAAGAACCAAGACUUUGUAAUUCAUCCCCUUCCGGAGAGAUUUGGCAGCGGAACACAUCUGCUGAUCCCGAGAAACAGAGUGGACAUCAGAGCGACCGAACGAGGCUUCUUCGAUGUGGAGUUGAUGAAGGACGACUUUCAGCAGGACGUGCAUGAGAGAAACAAGAGAUAUAUUGCAAGCAAAGUGGCAACGCCGAGUGUUCUUCACAUCGAAACUGCAAUCUUCGUCGAUCGCGAUCUCUUCAGGCACAUGGCCAAGAACUACCCGAAGAACACUGAAAUGAAUCUCAUCAGAUUCGUUCUGGCGAUGGUGAAUGGCGUUCAACUUCUCUAUCAUCAUCCAUCGCUCGGAUAUCAGGUGAACUUUGUGCUGAAGCGACUUGAAAUCCUCCACAAUGAUCCAAAGGAUCUGCACAGAUCCAGUGAUAUUGACGUCUUCCUGAACAGCUUCUGCAUGUGGCAGAGGAAAUUCAAUCCAGCCGCAGACACAGAUGUCAUGCACUUUGACCACGCUGUGAUCCUCACAGGACUCGAUCUUUACGUUGUGGGCAAGAAUGGGAAGAUCAGCAGCCAAGUCGUGGGAUUAGCUCCAGUGGCUGGAAUGUGCACACCAACAUCCAGUUGCACGAUCAAUGAAGGGAAGCACUUUGAGAGCGUCUUCGUCGUGGCUCAUGAAAUUGGACACAACCUGGGAAUGCGUCAUGACACGUCGGAGAACAACUGUGAUCCCUCGCUCUACAUCAUGUCACCGACGCUGGGCAGUGGGAAGAUCACAUGGUCCAAGUGCAGCAAGGAAUACCUCAGCAAGUUCCUCGAAUCCACUCAGGCUCACUGUCUCUUCGAUCGCGGCCACUCGGCGCACAGCCUGGAUCACGCGGCCGAAGGUCUUCUGCCCGGAGAGCGAUUCGAUGCAGAUCAGCAGUGCAUGCUGAAGUACGGAAAGGACAGCGUGCGCUCCAGGACUCAGCCACUGACGGAUGUGUGCAGAGAUUUGCACUGCCAAAGGGACAGAUACACCUGGACAUCCCAUCCGGCGCUGGAAGGAACGUUCUGCGGCGAAGGCAUGUGGUGCAAGAGCGGCGUGUGCAAGCUGAAGGCGACAACAGCCUACCUCGAGUCCCACACGCCCUACCAUCGCCCCAUGAAGCACUUCCCGGAGAAGAGCGCCAAUUUCAUCGAAGGCCAGAAGCUCGGCCACUACAAGCAAGACUUUGGCAAAUCCGUGACGGGAUGGAGCGAGUGGAGUGCCCAGAGUGAGUGCGAAUCGGGAUGCUUGUACGGUGAAUCGGGAAGACUCAAGGAAGGCAGUAUAGGUCUGAAAGUGUCCACAAGAACCUGCCUCGAUAUGCGCGUGAACAGGAAGAAGUGCUUCGAUCUCAACAAGCGAUACGAGGCUUGCACAGCCAAGCAGUGCUUCAACAUUCCACGAACAACGGUGAUGGAGUUUGCCAACCAGAUUUGCGAGCGCGCCAAGGAGUUCGAUAGCGACAUCUUGGGCGUGGGAAUACAGCAAGUUGCCCUGAAUCCGGACGAUUCCUGCCGAGUGUUUUGCAAGACGCGCAGCGGAAUGCCGAAGACGAAGAACUGGAUGUUCCCCGACGGAACCACCUGCAGAAACGUCGAAUCCGACUUUGACGACGCCUUCUACUGCAUCAACGGAAGAUGUCAGAAAUUCUCCUGUGAUAACUCAACUAGCAAUCUGUACAAAAUCGAUCCUUCCUACUGUCCUCAAAGCCAAGUUCGCGAGACGGAUUCGCAGUCAAAUGCCAGCGCGCCUCGAGUGGAGGAAGAGAAGAUUCGCGACAAGCAGAAUCCGACACAGAACACAAAUGAGAGUCAGCAAGUGGAAGUCAACGAGUCUUACAACGGCGAAGUGGCGCCAGAAUCGAGCUUCAUCAAGGCGCAAAUCUACAACAAUUGGCGCUUGCGGAACAGCGAAAAGCAGCUCAUGACGGCAAAUCAUCAUCCAUCGCUGAUGUAUCAGAAUUCCGCGCUGCGCAACGAUCUGUGGCAAAUCAAGUCCGGAUGCUACUUCAGCUGCAUGGACAUGGCCAAGGGGAUUCAGAUAGUGGCAUCGACACUGUCCGCAGUGACGAAUAUCCAGCUCUGCUCACCGGAAGCGUUUCCCUGCGAACACAUCCAGACCACCUAUGAUUUCUCCAGCAAACUCUGCUCGCGCUACAAAAUGAAAGUUCGCGGUCUGUCCGGCAACGGAAUGCAGAUCUCCCCGAGCGUCGAGGAUCCCGAUCGCAGCUGCAAAGUGGCGUGUCAGGACGAAUACAUCGGGCAUCGCUUCUACCUCGUGAAUGGCGAGCAAGGAUACUUUCCCUUCGGCACUCGAUGCUCCAAGACGGAGAAGCGCUUCUGCGUUCGCGGACGAUGUCUUGAGUUUGGCCCAGACAACAUGCCUUUGCGUGAGUCUCACUCGAAUCUUGCGCUGUUUCAACACCAGAAACGACGACGGCGGAAAAGGAGCUUCAUGAAUUUCACUCCAGUCAAUAUCACAGAGCGAAUAAGCCAGGAAUUGCUGGAUAAAUUGCUGAAUAACUUCAACAUAUCAAUGACUUUUGAUCCACCGGCUGAUGUUGCUGAGAAACAAAUCGACAUGACGAGCCCAAUCUAUUUAUCAGACUCCUUCUAGAAUUGCGCAAAUAUAGAUGAAUCCAUUCUGUCGAACGCUUUUUCUUUGGGCUGAUUUCCUUU